CCAUCUUCUCCCAAACAAGUUUCAGUUUGUUUUCUUCUUCUUCUUCUUCUUCACAAAACGUACAAUUUUAUCCUUCUCGAAUAAUCUCUCUGUCACAUUUAUACAAAAUUCCUUCAAUCUCACCACAAAUAACAGUUAUCUCCGGCCGCCGGCCGCCUGCAUCUCACCGGAGAUCAGAAAUAUCAUCAUCUCCGGCGCCGGAAUCCUUCAUCGUUGUACGGUCAGAUUAUAACAAUAUUCUCAUGCCGCUGGUAUAUUUCGAUCUCGAUUUAUCCAUAAUUAGUUCUGUCACUAAACUUAAUUUAGUUAUUUUGAAGAAAUAUUGUGGAUUUGGAUUGAUUGAAGGUGCAGGAUUGAUGUGUGUUGAAUUAGGGUUUCAUGAAUGAUUUUGAUGAAUUGUGUUUAAUGUUUACGAUUAGGUUAAACUGAAGGAUGUAGAACAUCUGGAAACAUUGAAUUUGGAUAAGUUUUGAUGAUUUGGUAUAUUAUAUUCUUAGGGCAUAACAGAGGAUUUUUGUGAAACAAAUGUUGUAAGUUUAAAGGAAUAAGAAGUAUUUAUUGAAGGAAUAAGAAUUAGAAGAAAGAUGAGGCACACUAGGGUAAAGGUAAACUACACAUCAAAUGAUCCUCUAAUUCCGGGUUUAUACGAUGAUGUAGCGUUAACAUGUCUCGUGAGAGCGUGUAGAUUCGAUUACGGUUCGCUUGCGUGUUUGAACUCUAGGUACAAUGUUCUCAUGAACAGUGGGUAUAUGUAUGAGUUAAGGAGACAGUUGGGGAUUAUAGAGCAUUGGGUGUAUAUGGUUUGUGAUCCGAGGGGAUGGGAGGCGUUUGAUCCGGUUAGCAAAGAGUGGAUGAGAUUGCCUAGAAUUCCUUGUGACGAGUGUUUUAAUCACGCGGAUAAGGAAUCUUUAGCGGUCGGUAGCGAGUUAUUGGUUUUCGGGCGCGAACUGUUUGAGUUCGCGAUAUGGAAGUAUAGUUUGGUAUGCCGGAAUUGGGUUAAGUGUGAUAAUAUGGGUCGUCCCCGUUGUUUGUUUGCAUCAGGGAGUUUUGGGUCAGUUGCUAUAGUUGCAGGCGGUAGUGACCAAAAUGGUAACAUUCUAAACUCAGCCGAAUUAUACGACUCGUCAACGGGUCGAUGGGAAACGUUACCGAAUAUGCAUAACCCACGUAGAUUAUGUUCUGGUUUUUUCAUGGAUGAGAAGUUUUACGUAAUAGGAGGAAUGAUGAGUCCGAACGAUUCAUUAACUUGCGGGGAAGAGUUCGAUCUCAAAACAAGAAAAUGGAGAAAAAUUGACGGAAUGUACCCGAAUGUGAACCGGGCUGCAAUGGCGCCGCCUCUUGUAGCGGUCGUUGAUAAUCAGUUAUAUGCAGUUGAGUAUUUAACCAACAUGGUUAAAAAGUAUGAUAAAGAAAAGAAUACAUGGGAUGUUUUGGGACGGCUGCCGGUUCGGGCUGAUUCAUCUAACGGUUGGGGUUUAGCGUUUAGGGCUUGUGGGGAUGAACUGUUGGUUGUGGGUGGUCAAAGGGGACCAGAGGGUGAAGCCAUUGUUAUUAACUCAUGGAGCCCAAAAUCCGGGGUUAAAAAUGGAAUAUUGGAUUGGAAGGUUCUUGGGGUCAAGGACCAUGCUGGUGUGUUUGUUUACAACUGUGCUGUUAUGGGUUCUUGAAACCCUAACCAUAGGUUUAUUCCCCCUUCUGAUUAACCUCUUUUUUUUCAUUUGUGUACUUUAUUUUGUGCCAAUAAACUCCAAAGGUAUGUUCUUUUGAGGUUUAAGUUACUAUGUUACAUUGUUAAUGUCUUUCUGUGAAUAAGACGGGUUAAAUCUGAAAGGUUAAAGCCA